ACGACGGCAAUGAAUUCAGAGACUGCAGCACGCAGCGCGGCGACACCUCAGAGAGUCUGCGUGUGGACGCCCCUGGCUCCGCCCACAUGGCCAGUCACAACGGGGAGCUGCGGAUCCUGAGCGUCUACGGAAAAGGGGAGGGCCCACUGGCGGUGGAUGGUUUGUGGAUGGUUUCUCCCAACAAUGCCAAGAUGAUGGUACACAUGAGGACCCGACCAAACAAGAAGCCGUACGGGUGCGGCCAAUGCAAGAAGCGCUACAUACGGGAAGACUUCCUGAAGAUCCACAUGAGGACUUGCUCUCGGGAGAAGCCCUACAGCUGUGAACAAUGCACGAAGAGCUUCAGUCAGAAAGAAAAGCUGAAGAGCCACAUGAGGACUCAAACCGGGGAGAAACCCAACAGCUGUGACCAAUGCACGAAGAGCUUCAGUGAGCUAAACGUACUGAAGAGCCACAUGAGGACUCACACCGACGAGAAGCCCUACGGGUGCGACCAAUGCAUCAAGCGCUACAGAUGGAAAGAUUCCCUGAGGAUCCAUAAAAUGACUCACUCCGGGGAGAAGCCCUACAGCUGUGACCAAUGCACAAAGAGCUUUAGUCAGCAACACGAACUGAAGAACCACAUGAGGACCCACACCGGUGAGAAGCCCUACAGCUGUGACCAAUGCACGAAGAGCUUCAGUCAGCUAAACGUACUGAAGAACCACAUGAGGACUCAUACCGACGAGAAGCCCUACGGGUGCGACCAAUGCAUCAAGCGCUACAGAUGGAAAGAUUCCCUGAGGAUCCAUAAAAUGACUCACUCCGGGGAGAAGCCCUACAGCUGUGACCAAUGCACAAAGAGCUUUAGUCAGCAAUACGAACUGAAGAACCACAUGAGGACCCACACCGGUGAGAAGCCCUACAGCUGUGACCAAUGCACGAAGAGCUUCAGUCAGCUAAACGUACUGAAGAACCACAUGAGGACUCAUACCGACGAGAAGCCCUACGGGUGCGACCAAUGCACGAAGCUCUUCAGUCAGAAAGGCAAGCUGAAGAGCCACAUGAGGACUCACACCGGUGAGAAGCCCUACAGCUGUGACCAAUGCACGAAGAGCUUCAGUCAGCUAAACGUACUGAAGAACCACAUGAGGACUCAUACCGACGAGAAGCCCUACGGGUGCGACCAAUGCACGAAGCUCUUCAGUCAAAGUGACUACCUGAAGAGCCACAUGAAGACUCACACCGGGGAGAAACCCUACAGCUGUGACCAAUGCACGAAGCGCUUCAGCCAUAGCUCGUCCCUGAAGAUCCACAUGAGAACGCACUCCGGGGAGAAGCCCUACAGCUGUGACCAAUGCACUAAGAGCUUCAGUGAUCUAAACGUACUGAAGAGCCACAUGAGGACUCACACCGACGAGAAGCCCUACGGGUGCGACCAAUGCAUCAAGCGCUACAGAUGGAAAGAUUCCCUGAGGAUCCAUAAAAUGACUCAUUCCGGGGAGAAGCCCUACAGCUGUGACCAAUGCACGAAGAGCUUCAGUCUGCAAAAAGUACUGAAGAGCCACAUGAAGACUCACACUGGGGAGAAACCCUACAGCUGUGACCAAUGCACUAAGAGCUUCAGUGAGCUAAACGUACUGAAGAGCCACAUGAGGACUCACACCGACGAGAAGCCCUACGGGUGCGACCAAUGCAUCAAGCGCUACAGAUGGAAAGAUUCCCUGAGGAUCCAUAAAAUGACUCACUCCGGGGAGAAGCCCUACAGCUGUGACCAAUGCACGAAGAGCUUCAGUCAAAGUAACGAACUGAAGAGCCACAUGAGGACUCACACCGGUGAGAAGCCCUACGGAUGUGACCAAUGCACGAAGCGCUUCAGUGAAAGUGGAAACCUGAAGACCCACAUGAGGAGUCACACCGGCGAGAAGCCCUACGGGUGUGACCAAUGCACGAAGCGCUUCAGUUCGAAAGGCAUUCUGAAGAUCCACAUUAGGACUCACACCGGCGAGAAGCCCUACAGGUGUGACCAAUGCACGAAGCGCUUCAGUUCGAAAGGCAUGCUGAAGAUCCACAUUAGGACUCACACCGGCGAGAAGCCCUACAGGUGUGACCAAUGCACGAAGCGCUUCAGCCAGAGCUCGUCCCUGAACGUCCACAUGAGGACUCACACCGACGAGAAGCCCUACGGGUGUGACCAAUGCACGAAGCGCUUCAGUUCGAAAGGCAUGCUGAAGAUCCACAUUAGGACUCACACCGGCGAGAAGCCCUACAGUUGCGACCAAUGCACAAAGCGCUUCGCUCGGCAUGACACCCUGAACUUCCACAUGAAGACUCACACCGGCGAGAAGUUUAAUUUCUAACGCAAGGUUAGUUUUAUUUCUAACAUUAUGGGAAUCAGGCCCUUUGUCCAAAAUUCCGAACUACCACUUCAAAGGGAUUAUUUGACGCCUGUAUCCAGGUGCUUUUUUUUUUCAUCAUGAUUAAACGCUUUCCAACUUUGAUUCGCCAUGUUUUUAUUUUUGAGAAAUUAUGUCUGUGAUGAAGAAUGACUUAGUUCUCGGACACUUCUGACUGCAAAACAUUUGAUUUA